AUGUCUGUGGGAAGAGACCUCGCAAACAAGCUCACGCUCCAGAACCGAAGUAUUCGAAACUCUCACCCGAGUUUUCUGAGGGAGGCGUCUGCGCGGGCUUCGCUCCUGAGCAGACCUGCGCGUGGCUUGGAGUGGAAGAGCUACGGGUCCGCGCUUCGUCUCCUGAGAGCCACACCCGCUAACGCCGCUCCCUUCCUCGUGAAUCACUCUCGCGACUGCCUCGAGCAGAGCACUCUCGGCUCACGGCCGCGGGAGCGGCUGGCGACGGCGAUGGAGGGCGAGAGCUCCGACGAGGCCACGCCCACAGAGGCCGAAAGCGAUGGCAGAGAAAGCUUCCUGCUUGUGACUUCCGGAGAGUUCUGUGAAGGGACUGCCCGCAGCCGUGCCACUUGGAGAGAACCCGAGCGAAGUCGAGCUGACUUGGAAGCUUGGGAAAGGGAGGAGGAAGCGGAGCACAGGAAGGCUGGCCGUGCCUACCAUCCGAUCUCCUCUGCUGAGGUGCUUCAGCUGCUUGGAGAGGUGCCACCAGGGCUUUCUGGCCGCUACAGCUCACGGCUACGCGCCGAGGCGCAGCGGCGCCGCUCAGCUUCCGCGGUGUCCCAGGGCAGCGGUGGCUUGAUGCGCAGGAGCCUGCUCCUGGUCGUGGUCUUUCUGCUGCUUCAAGACACGGCCUCACGCCAGAGGUCGCUGGCUGCGUCGCUGGCUGCUGCAGAGCUUUCAAGCGCCCUACCAUUCAGGCACAGGGAGAUCGAGACGGCAGCAGAUCCCUUCUUGGCGGCGGAACCCGCCGACAGCACAGCAGCAGCUGCAGCUGCAGCUGCAGCGCCCGUCGUCGGGGCGGCCGCCCGCCGGGCGGCGGCCGGCUGUGACACGGACGCCAUGGGCCGCGCGGAGGAUGAAGCCAUCUCGCUGGAAGUCCUCUCCAGACGCGACAUCCUGGGCUACCACCAGAUGCUCCUGGCCAUUCACGACUGGACAUCCACCUUAAGACGAGGACCCGGAGGGCACCCAGCGGUCUCCGGUGCAUUGCCGGCGGGCGGCACGGUCGCCGAAUGCCUGGCGGCCGAAAGCAGCAGGUACUUGGACUUGGUGAAGAGGCUCCGGCGCGUCUUCCUGGCCUCCCACCGGCGUGCCGCGACUGCCAGGAGCCGUUGGACCCUCGAGAGGCAGACGAGGCUGACGCCGCCGCCGCUGCCAGCUUCCGGUUCCCUUUCGCAGGUGCAAGAGCAGUUCUGA